GGAGUUAGUUAGUAGUUCGUUUUAUGAAUGUCAUAUCUAAUACGUGUGAAAUGGAUUAUUCUCUGCUGCUCUUAAUCUGUACCUCAGCUGUUUUUGAGAAGACUUGGUGUCAAUAUACUCCAGAGAGCACCACCUUUAACACAUUCCAAUAUACUUCAGAGAGCACCACGUCUAACGGAUUCCAAUAUACUUCAGAGAGCACCACCCCUAACACAUUCCCAUAUACUUCAGAGAGCACCACCCCUAACGCAAUCCAAUAUACUUCAGGGAGCACCAACCCUAACACAUUCCAAUAUACUUCAGAGAGCACCACCCCUAACGCAUUCCCAUAUACUUCAGGGAGCACCACCUCUAACGGAUUCCAAUAUACUUCAGAGAGCACCACCCCUAACGCAUUCCCAUAUACUUCAGAGAGCACCACCCCUAACGCAAUCCAAUAUACUUCAGAGAGCACCAACCCUAACACAUUCCAAUAUACUUCAGAGAGCACCACCCCUAACACAUUACAAUAUACUUCAGAGAGCACCACCUCUAACACAUUACAAUAUACUUCAGAGAGCACCACCUCUAACACAUUCCAAUAUUCUUCAGAGAGCACCACCCCCAACACAUUCCAAUAUACUUCAGAGAGCACCACCCCCAACACAUUCCAAUAUAUUUCAGAGAGCACCACCCCUAACACAUUACAAUAUACUUCAGAGAGCACCACCCCUAACACAUUACAAUAUACUUCAGAGAGCACCACCCCCAACACAUUCCAAUAUACUUCAGAGAGCACCACCCCCAACACAUUCCAAUAUACUUCAGAGAGCACCACCCCCAACACAUUCCAAUAUACUUCAGAGAGCACCACCCCCAACACAUUCCAAUAUACUUCAGAGAGCACCACCCCCAACACAUUCCAAUAUACUUCAGAGAGCACCACCCCCAACACAUUACAAUAUACUUCAGAGAGCUCCACCCCCAACACAUUACAAUAUACUUCAGAGAGCACCACCCCUAACACAUUACAAUAUACUUCAGAGAGCACCACCCCUAACACAUCACAAUAUCCUUCAGAGAGCACCACCUUUAACACAUCACAAUUUACUUCAGAGAGCACCACCAACACAUCCAACAGCAGCAUCAGUACAACAAUCAGACCCCUGUCCACGACAAUGACCGUGCCGAGUCUGUUGUGUGAAAACAAGGGUAUCUUACAAGACGGGAUCUGCAUCUGCCCAGAUGAUUGGACUGGAACUACCUGCAACAUUCCAAAUUUCUGCCCUGAACAAAAGCCCACACCAACUAGCAAAUUCCAUUUUCUAAAAACUGUCCUAGGCCAGUUUGCUUCCUCCGUAGAGAGAUGUCCACCAGAAACAACAAAUGCUGGCAUUCCCCAGGCAUCAUCUCUCUGUAAUAUAUCUACUCACUCAUUUAAUCCUCCAAACAUUCUCAGUUGUAGUUUGACCCUGGAUGCCAUUAAUGAAGGGAUUCCUGGAGCUACUCCCGAAGAAAAAAAGAACUUAGCCUCCAGCACCCAGAUCCUCACAUCCAUACCAGAACGGCUAACACCCCUCAACAUCACAAAUGCAGCUCAAAUUACCAACACCCUGCUUUCUGAUCAACAAACUACAGAAACUACGGAUAUUGCCAUAUCAGCAGUCGCUACAAUCAGUCAGCUCCUGGGUGCAAGUCGUGAGAUGUACUCUUCUGUUGAUCAUACUGCAAUUUCUGAACUAACACAGACUCUACAGAAACUCUCCCUGCGUGAGGAACAAAAUCCAUUGUUGGUGCAACCGAAAAUGGCUGUGCAGUCACUGAAGGGACAGAAGCCAAUCCGACAAGUGCAGUUAACCUCUUUUAAAGGGCUGAAUGAUAACUUUUUACCUGACAGAAUUAAACUGCAAAUAACAGACGCUGAGUUUUCCAAACAAAUAGUUGACCUUCAAAUGAAUGUCACAUUCAGUGAAGAUUUUGAUAAAGAUAUUGGGUUUGUCCUCUAUGAUAAUGAUCAGUUCUUCCAGUCAAAAAGCUUUCAACCUUCUUUGGAUACCAAGAGAAGAGAGAUAUCUGUUAAUCUUCUAGAAAAUUCUGGAAUUGAUCAGGUUCAGUUUGCAGUCACACCAUCGGCCGAUUCGACAAUGUCCCUCAGUGACUUUGCCUGCGUGUCUUGGAGUUACAGUAAAAAGGACUGGAUCACUGACGGUUGCACUAAAACUGAGAGUCCCUUGGGACAUGCAGUUUGCAGCUGUAAAAAACUAAAAAAUGCAAACUUUGCUAUUCUGAUGGCAUUUGAUAUCAACUAUCAAUAUUCUGAAGCCUUGAAUUGGAUCAGCAUCACCGGCUGUGCUCUGUCUGUUCUGGGACUGUCUGUAACAGCAUUGUACCAAAUCAAAACCAGGAAGUCAAGAAGAGGCAGCCCUACUCUGCUAGUGGUGAACAUCUGCUUGAGUAUGAUGGCUUUCUACCUUCUCUUCAUCUUCGGCAUUAACAACCCUGUCCAACAUGUGAAUGAACCAAAGAUAUCUGGCGAGAAUAUAGUUCCUAAGUCUGAUCACCACAAGUACACAGAUCAGGGACCCUGUACAACGUUUACAGCUCUGCUUCAGUACUUCCUGCUGGCUACGUUCACUUGGAACACACUGUACGGCAUUAAUGUGUUCCUGCUCUUCAGAAACUCAGUGUCUGGAACACCUCCAUGGUUUCCAUGGGUCGCCAUGGCUGUUGGAUGGGGUUUGCCUGCUGUUAUUGUUGGUAUUUCAUUGGGUUCCACUUACAGUGUGGAGGAGCCUUUAGGUUAUCGACAAGAGGAGUUUUGCUGGUUGGCUUCGCUGGACCACAAAAAAAAGUUCAGUAUAAAGAAACCCAUGUUUUGGGGAUUUGUGCUCCCUUUAUUGCUCAUGCUGAUCUCAAGCACAGCAAUACAGCUGCACUUCUCUUACAACAUCUGCAGAACCAACCCUAACUUAAACAAAUCACUUAAAACUCCUCUGAAGAAGAAGAUGUUGAGUAGUUUCUCUCUGGCAGUGAUGCUCGGUUUGUCUUGGGUCACAGGCUACAUUUUGAUGAUCGCCCAAGAAAAAAAUCUAAAAUUUAUUCUCAGUGUGGUUUUCUGUCUCUUAAACACAACACAGGGUGUCCAGAUAUUUAUUUUAUUCACUCUGAGACCUUUUUUAAACUCAAAUCCAGGUGUUCUUAACUCUCUGCAUGCACCAGAAAUAGGCUUACACAAGAAAACUUUUUUUUUAUGGAAAAAUAAGACACCAGAAAGCAACGAAAGCUACAAAUCCACAGAUCUUGACUCUAUCUGAAAAGGCCUUCAAAGAUCAUUGGUGAGACUAUGGUCUUCUCCUCAACGGUGAUACAUCAUGCAGUGAAGGCUCAUUAAAUGAAUGAAGACUAAAUUAAUAUUUAGAUAGUUAGAUAUUUUAAGAAAUUGUCAUUAGGAGCCUCUUGGGCUUUGUUCACACUGCACAUCAAUCUGAUUUGGUUUUAAUCUUCAAUGUUUAGUAUUGAUUUUAGACAUUAGACAUAGUAUUGAUUAAUUUCUCGGGUUAUUCAAUAUGAGCUGCUUAUUCCAAAAGUAUUAUUGCUCUUUAUUGCCUAAUGAAUGUCACAGAGGUCGAUGAAUAAAUGCUGAAAAUUUACUUAGUCUCAGGCUACUUUUUUUUUUUUUUUUUUUUUUUUUUUAUGGGAACAGGUUUAGAUAAAUUUAUCUUCACAUCAAUCGCUCACCAAAGUAUCCUCUGCCGUGAAUGGGUGCCAUAAGAAUGAAACAUUCCAAACAGUUGAUAUAAACAAAACAAUAAUCCACAAUAAAUCAACAAGCUAUACACUCGACUCCAAAUGGUGUAUUACUCUGUAAAUUAUAUCUGAGCAUUUUAUUGAUAGUGAUCCUUGAAAUGUGCAUAAUCGAUCAACAGUAUGUAGAAAACAAUAUUGGCCUUAGAACAUAACAUUGAGGAGCUCAAUUUGCGAUGUGUGCAAUAAUCAUAAUACCGGCUACAGAACACACAUCUACAAGAAGCAUAUAUACAUAUAAAUAUUAAUUAAAUGCAAUAAUCCAGUGAGAUUUUUGUUUGCACAAGUAGUCUGACAGAAGCCAGUGCUCCACACAUAGAUCUGAUCUCAUCAUCAUCCUGACUCUCUGGAAUGCCACAAAGAAACAGGACAAAAUGAGAAGAACUGUAGCAAUACCUCCAACAUGCUUCAAUAAACCUGCAAAGCAACAGUACUGUGCAAAGUUUAAGGCACUUGUGUAAAAAUGCUGUAAAUUGAGGAUGCCAAAUAUAACGCCAUAAAUAGAUUUUAUUAAUGAACUUCUCAUAACUUAAAUUUUUAUUGAGUGUGUUGAUUUAAUUUAGUUAUGUAAACAUGUAAGUUGCAUAUAUGGCAGUUUGUGCAUUAACUUCUAAAUUGAAUUAUAAAAUUAUGCUCAAGUUCGUCGUUGGAAAUACAAUCAUUUACAGAGUGGCUAUCAUAACUUGUUCUGAUGAUUGUUCUGAUGAACAGAUUUAUUUAAAUAUACAUUAAAUAUUCAAGACAUCACUUACAGUUUGUCAUAUAUAAUGAAUACUGUACAUAAGAUAAUAUAGUGAAGUGGUUUCGCUAUGAAUAUAUCAGGUGAUUCUCAUGCCUCAAGCUGGAUAUAUCUAUGCCUGUGCAUCAUGCAACUGAACUUGUACAUGCAUCAAGAAUUUGCUAAACUUGUCUUAUUUGAACAACAGUAUGCUUUGAAUGGUGAGCUCAGCCUUGCUUUCUUGUUGAGUGAUGCUUUUAAAGUAACAUUUUUGUAAUGUUCAGUACUAUUGAGAUCUAUCUGUGGUAUGUUGGACUUUUGUGUUUUUCUCAAUGCUGUGGUCAUUUCUGAAAUUGCUUUUGGAUGGAAAAUUUGAUAUGCACAAGCUCUUCAAUCUGCCUUCUCAUCUUUUCUUUCC